GGGCCGGGCUGGCCAUGGAGCUGGCGGCGGGCGCGCGGGGCCGGGCCGGUUGGUGCGGGCGGCGGGGGCGCUGCGGGCGGGGCGCGCUCCUCGCCUUUGCCGCGUGGACCGCGGGCUGGGUGCUGGCGGCCGCACUGCUGCUCCGCGCGCACCCGGGUGUCCUCUCCGAGCGCUGCACCAACGAGAAGAGCCGGCGCAUCCUGGCCGCGCUGUGCCAGGACUACCGGGGCGGCGCACUGGCUGGGGACCUCUGCGAGGACCUGUGUGUGGCGGGAAAGCUGCUGUUCCAACGCUGCCUGCACUACAACAGGGGCAAGAAGGUGCUACAGGCCGACUGGCGCGGCCGGCCCGUGGUCCUCAAGUCCAGGGAGGAGGCCUUCUCCAGCUUCCCGCCCCUCAGCCUGUUGGAAGAGGAGGCAGGCGAGGGUGGCCAGGACAUCCCCGAGGCAGAACUCCUCCUGAUGGUGGCUGGGGAGGUCAAGAGCGCUCUGGGCCUGGAGUUGUCCAACAGCAGCCUGGGGCCGUGGUGGCCGGGCAGGCGGGGCCCGCGCUGGCGGGGACAGCUGGCCAGCUUGUGGGCCCUGCUGCAGCAGGAGGAGUAUGUCUACUUCAGCCUGUUGCAGGACCUGAGCCCACACGUGCUGCCUGUGCUGGGCUCCUGUGGCCAUUUCUAUGCGGUGGAGUUCCUCGCCGCUGGCAGUCCCCACCACAGGGCACUCUUCCCCCUGGACCGGGUCCCAGGUGCCCCUGGGGGUGGCCAGGCCAAGGCCAUCAGUGACAUCGCGCUCAGCUUCUUGGACAUGGUGAACCAUUUUGACAGUGACUUUUCCCACCGCCUCCACCUCUGCGACAUCAAGCCGGAAAACUUUGCCAUCCGGAGCGACUUCACAGUGGUGGCUAUUGAUGUGGACAUGGCCUUUUUUGAACCUAAAAUGAGGGAAAUCCUUGAGCAAAACUGCACAGACGAUGAAGACUGCAAUUUCUUUGACUGUUUUUCAAGAUGUGAUUUACGAGUCAACAAGUGCGGAGCGCAGCGCAUCAACAACAACCUGCAGGUCAUCUGUGACAAAAUAUUUCGCCAUUGGUUUUCCGCACCUCUCAAGAGUUCUGCAGUCUCUUUCCAGCUUCAGCUGCAGUUACAGGAGGCGGUGCAGGAAUGUGCAGACCCUGAGGUCCCCAGCGGGAACACCCGGAGAGACACCCCCAGCGUGUUCUGGAAGCUUCGCCGACUCCUCCAAGCCACACUGAGGGAGUUGCAGGAGGCAGAGAAGUAGCCACUCUCUGGCCUUAAACAUGCUCACACAGGAAAAGUGAGCUUUGCUGGAUUUCUUCUGCCAUUGUUUGAAAGCUGAGCCAUUUCCCUUGUGCAAACGAGUGCUCUCUGGGGUGCUGUUCUGGCCUCCACAGUGUGGAGUGGCAAGUGCCGCUGCCAGAGACGAUGCCUCCCUCACUCUGGUCCCACCCUGGCCUCUGACCUGUCGCCUUGUGUAAAAUGAGAUGAGGGAGGAGGUACAGGCCUCCCUUCAGGAGGGCCUUCAGUCAGAAGACACAAACCUGUGUGCAAUUAUUCUCUGCAGAGAGCACUUGUACCUGGUCAUCCCAGUGAGUUCCAGCUGUUCUUUCCUGUAAAUCGUUACAUUAAAAAGUGUGUGCAUGCAUGCAAAUGAAUGUGUAUGCCUGUGUGUGGGUGCAAAUGAGCUUGUGAGCACGUAUGAGUGUGCCCAUGAGCGUCUGCAUGUGUAUGAGUGCGCACAGGUGAGUGUGCUCAUGAGGCGUAUGAGUAUGCCUGAGUGUGAAUGAGUGUGUGCACGAGUGCACAGGUAUCAGCAUGUGUAUGUGAUUGCGUGAAUGUGGGCAGGUGAGUGUGUUGGGAAUGUGGGUUGGGGUGGGGAGUGGUGCUUUCUCUAGUGUGUCCUUUGGAACCGCUUGCCUACCUAGCAGAGAGGUGUGACCUUUCUUUUGGAAUUAAAUACAAUGAAAAGAAAAUAAACUGCA